UGGGGUCACCAAGAGUCGGAAUCAACGGGACAGCAGCUAGUGGUUUUAUUGAAGGAUGUUGCCUGUUUUCCUUAUGUGUUUUUUUAUUCUUCUGUUCUGAGGACACUGUGCUGAACCAGAUAGCUAUGGUCCAUUCCCUAACCCUCUGGAGUUAGGCUGGUGCCACAGCAAAUUCUUAACUCUGUAGGGCUGUAGUACACUAGGGGCAAUACUAAUAUUUAAAGGAUCAUUUGUCUCUUCCAGUAGGUUCUUCUUUCAUUCCAAGCUAUCUACUGGAAAUUAUUUUGUAACAAUAACUCAUUUUUCUCUUUUUAGGACCGCUGAAGCCAGAAAUAACUGUAACCUACAUUGCUGUUGCAAUAAUAUUCUUUAACAGCGGACUGUCAUUAAAAACAGAGGUACUGUAACCUAUGGGGCACAUGAAAAGAAGGGAGAAAAUUUUAAUUCAUACUUAACUGUUUUGAAAUGUCAGGGUCCUUUUUAAAGCUGUUUGUAGCUAUAGCCUGAAGCCUACACUGUAAUAGAAGAUAACUUGGACUUCGGCAAAGGACUUGUAUUUUGUUCCUGCAUAUUCUAGAAAAUUCAUAGUUGAGCAACGUGAACCCUGAGGAUGUGAUUAUAAUGGGUAUGUUUCUAAUACAGCAACUGAACUGAAGCAUCUAUUUUGGGUCUUCCUCAAAUUAUGAUGGUAACUACGGUGGCAACUGCUGUGCUUGGGAACAUUUGAGCUAUUGAUGUUUAGUUGGGUUUCUGUAACUUUUGUGGAUCAUCUUUUGUACCCAGGACCCAUGCUGCUCAAGUGAUGCUUGUUAUGUCAUAACUUUUAACUAAUUAAAGCAAAACUUAUAUUCUCCGCUAGCAUAUCUAUUAAUUAUUGAUAGAUGUUUUAAGAGAAAUGUUGCUGUUUUUCAUAUUAGUUCACAAUCCAUCUUGAAGACAUAUAGUUAGUGUUCCUGACUGAUCCAGGUUUCAUGAACAUAGGAUUCUCUUGGAAGUAAAGGAAUGAAGUUAUUUUUAAGUCAGAGAGAGGAAUUAAUGAAAUUUUGAUUCUCUUUUGACUUCUAGGGGAAGAGAAAAAGAGGAGAAAAGCCUGUCUGCUUUUGAAGAAGAUAUAGAGUUUUUAAAGUUGUCAUUCUAAUUGUUUAUUCUUAUGUAUAUGGGGAAAUCUUACUAUGUAAGAUGGAUUUUUUUGGGGAAAUGGCUUUCGAAGUUAAAAUUCUGGUUCAGCAUCAUGUCUUACAUUUACCUGUUAUCUGAAUUUCAGAAUUUUUCUAUUUUAUUUUACUUUUAAGUGUGAUUUGAAUGAAGACCAAAUUUAGUUACCUCGUUAGAUCACCCUGAAGCCCUGGUGGCAUAGUGGUUAAGAGCUCAGCUGCUAACCGAAAGGUCGGCAGUUCGAAUCCACCAGCUGCUCCUUGGAAACCUUAUGGGGCAGUUCUAUUCUGCCCUAUAGGGUUGCUGUGAAUGGGAAUUGACUCAGUGGCAGUGGGCUUGGCUUAGUUUGGUUAGAUCACCCUAGUGGCAGCAUGGAAAAAAGACAAUUUUCCUGAAUUUAUGUAUUCUGUAGUUCUCAGGCUGAUAGUACUCCAUUGUAUGGAUGUAUUGUAUAUAUUACCAGUCGUCUAUUGAUGAACGUUUAGGUAAUUUAUAAAAUCUUGCUAUUAUAAACAAUACUAGGACGGGUGACCUAAAAACAUGUCAUUUCCCACAUUUGGGAGCAUAUUUGAAGGAUAAAUUCCUAGAAGUGGAAUUGCUAGGUCAAAUGUUACGUGGAGUUUAAGUUGUGAUAGGCAUUCCAAGUACCUACAAUGGUGCCAGGUGCUCAGUAUUUGUUGAAUGAAGGAAUGAGUUGUAGAUUGCUCUCCAUAGAUGGCGUCAGUUUAUACUCUUAUCAGUAAAGUAGGAGAGAGCCUGUACUCCCACGUUCUUGUCAGUACUGUUUUAACAUGAGUUUUAAUAGCUCAUAGCAAGCUGGUUAUACCGUAAGUUAUUUAAUUACUGUCCCAUUUUUGGAGAUUUCAGUUCUCAGAUUUGGCUCUAAUGGAUAAUGCUGUGAUGAAAUUCUGUGUAUAAAUGUUUAUAAUCCUUUUUUAUAACCUUUGGAUAAAUACCUAGACAUGAAUUUUUUGGUUUUAAGAAUGGGAUUGUAUUAUAGCUUUUGGUAUGUAUUCCCAAGUUACUUUUCAAAAAAAUUACACUGUUUUAUAUUCCUACCAGGAGUAUAUGCAGAUACCUUAGGUACUGCAUUCUGGCUAAUCAUAUUUAUUACAGUAUUCUUUAAAAUAAAAAGAAGUAGAAUCAAAUGCCUCUGAAUAUAUUUAAAUGAGGUUUAGUCUCAAGAUUGCUGAUAAUUCUCUGUGCUAUUGGUAUGGAAUGUUAAUGAAGUCUUAUUCAGUUUAGGGACGGCUAGCUUUGUCUUCUAAGGAUUAGAUCUGAUCCAAGGCUCUGGUGUGGCUUUUGGUCUGCCCAGUGUUGCCCAGUGGCCCUGAAUUAGACCCAGAUUUCUAGAAGUUCCUUAGAUAUCACCAGGGAUGUCCUGUGACCACACAGGAGCUGCUCUGUGUCUCCACACUGCGGGGUAGAUAGUGGGAGCCAGUGAGAGAUCCUAGAAUGUGGUUAUCAGUGAAUGAGUCCACAUUAACCUAGUAUUUAUUAAACUAAUCAACUUUGGCUAAUGUCUCAGGCCGAGGAUCUCUUAAACUUCUUACUUGAACAGUCUACGGGGGGCCAUUACAAUGCAUUUCUGCAACCAGUGAGUCUCUGGCAUCCAGAAUAUGCUUUAGUGACCGCCUGCAUGUUUUAAAGGACUAUAAUUUUUAUCUUACUUUCUGAAUUUAUUUUAUUUGAAUUGAAUAACCACAUAACUCAAAGAAAUUCAAAUGCAAAUGCUUGAUAGUUUGUGUAUAUUUGAACCCGAAAGAUCAACCAAUUAUCCUUUUUUAGUUAUGAGACUCAUAAGAUGUACCUGGUUUGUCAUGUUUAAUAUGCAAUUUUUUUUUUUUCCUCUCCUGGGGCAGAUGUGUGAUAUAAUGGAAGAAGCAGGCAUGGAUUUAAGAGCAUGCCAGAAAUGGGUUUUAUUCUGAGCUUAACUGCAGGAGCUCUUAAUUUCAAUUUCCUCAUCAGUGAAGUAGGGAUAAUAAUAUCUGCCUAAUGGGGUUGUUGUGAGGAUUAAAUAACACAACUUUUUUUUUUUUUUUUUCCUUGAAGAGGUCAGCUUUUAUUGACAGAAAUUCCUAUAUGCCAAGCUCAGAGCCUGGCAUAUAGCUGGUGUUUCAGUAAAUGUUAAUAACAAAAAUAUCUUAUGAGUCUAUUUUGGGGGAAAAGCCAUUUUGAAUUACAGAAUAUAAUUGAUGAAAACAUUAAAAAAUUAUUAUUUGUGUGUAGAUUCAGUAACGUCUUCCCAAAUGGAGGCCUUAUUAAGUCUGGUUUACUGAAUAGAGAUUAAUUAUAUUUAAUUAAAAUGUAAUAGAUCCUGCUAAAGUUUUUAAUCAAGAUUUUCUAUGUUGGUAAAUAUACAUAUUUGUUCAUAGUAUCCACAGUUCUCAAAUCGAUGCUAGUGUAAAGGUAGUUAGCUUAGUUAUUAUCCAGAAUCUUAUAAAUCUGAAUUAUUGAGGUAUGUUGUAUAUUUAAAAGAAAUUAGAAUAUUUCAGAAAUUUUAUAUCAAAAUACUUUUCUAAUCAUCGUGACUUUUUCUCUUAAAGUUCUGCCUCUUACGCAUGUGCAUGCAGAUAAAGUUUUCAACUAUGAAAUACCUCUAAUCAAACACUAAUUUAUUUGAUGUUAUUUUAGUAACAGUCUCUAUUCAGAAAUAGUUUUCUUACUUUUUUUUUUGUGUCCUUCAUUUUUCCAGGAGCUGACCAGUGCUUUGAUGCAUAUAAAACUGCAUCUUUUUAUUCAAAUCUUUACACUUGCAUUCUUCCCAGCAACAAUAUGGCUUUUUCUUCAGCUUUUAUCAAUCACACCUAUCAAUGGAUGGCUUUUGAAAGGUUUGCAGACAGUAGGUUGCAUGCCUCCACCUGUGUCUUCUGCGGUGAUUUUAACCAAGGCAGUUGGUGGCAAUGAGGCAGCUGCGAUAUUUAAUUCAGCCUUUGGAAGUUUUUUGGGCAUCGUUAUAACACCCCUGCUACUGCUGCUAUUUCUUGGCUCAUCCUCCUCUGUGCCUUUUACAUCUAUUUUUUCUCAGCUUUUUAUGACCGUUGUGGUUCCUCUCAUUAUUGGUCAGAUUGUCCGAAGAUACAUCAAGGAUUGGCUUGAAAGAAAGAAACCUCCUUUUGGUGCUGUCAGCAGUAGUGUGCUCCUCAUGAUCAUCUACACAACGUUCUGUGACACGUUCUCUAAUCCAAACAUUGACCUGGAUAAAUUCAGCCUUAUUGUCAUAGUGUUCAUAAUAUUUUCUAUUCAGCUGAGCUUUAUGCUUUUAACCUUCAUCUUUUCAACAAGGAGUAAUUCGGGUUUCACACCAGCAGACACAGUGGCCAUCAUUUUCUGUUCGACACACAAAUCUCUCACAUUGGGAAUUCCGAUGCUGAAGAUAGUAUUUGCAGGCCAUGAACACCUCUCUUUAAUAUCUGUGCCCUUGCUCAUCUACCACCCAGCUCAGAUCCUUCUGGGAAGUGUGCUGGUGCCAACCAUCAAGUCUUGGAUGGUGUCAAGGCAGAAGGGAGUGAAGUUGAUGAGGCCAGCGGUAUAACGAAGGAGGUGCUCUUUGUGCAGUGAUGUACAUAUGUACAGGCUUGUACAUACAAGCAAUCCUGAAGACUUGUACUUGUGAAUGUUGCUUCGAUGCAAAUUUUAUUUUUUUACAUGAAAAUAUGAUAUACCUGUUUAAGUGCCUUAAAAUGUAUUUGAUAAGUGUUAUUUCCAAAACCUACUUUCGGUUACUACCAGGGGUAGUACAAUAUUUUGGAGUUGUUUAUUUAUUUUCCCAAAUGCAGUGAACAGUCAUAGGAACUGACAAGCAAACAUACUGUCUCUGCACCACCUUUUUUUGCAAUACGACUCUAUAAUCAUUUCUGGACUGUUUGUAAUGAGGUCACACCAUCAGGAAAAUACCCUUCCAAUGACAGUGAAAAUUUCCAAAGUCUUAUUCAUGAAUACUUUGAUUUAUUGUGUGGCUGUUUUUUUCUACAAACUGUGACGUCUCUUUCUCAUCAACUCAGCAGGGGUCACAGAUUGAAUAGAUGCUGAAAAGCACAAGUUAUCUGCAUUUCUUGACAUCAUUUUUUCAGACAUUCCUUCAAAUAGUUUCCACAUGGAAAUUCCUCAGUUCCAUUAUAAGAGAUUGUGGCAUUAUAUGGCUUAAAUUUAUUAUAAGCUGCUUCAAAAAAAGAGUCUAAUGUUUGAGUUAUGAGUAAAUGAAGUGAAGUUUUGAGGUAAACUACAGGAUUUGGCUUUUGGGAUUUUUAAACUAUAUUUCAACAUGCUUUUUCUUCUUUCUUCCAUAAUUUUUUUCUUUCUUAAUUUCCAGCACAUGGCUUGCAAGUUCGUAACAGUCAUACGCAAGACACAGAAAUGUUACAGUUUGAGAGCAGCAGCAAUUAAAGAUAGAUUAUAUUCACAUUCCACAACCGAGACCAAUUUUUUUUUUUUUUUUUUUCCUGUUACAAAGGUGUGCUGAGCACUUUCCAGAUUGCCCCUUUUAGCCAUAAGUAGCCUGUUACAUCCUGGAAUUAAACAUACACGUAAGGCAUUCAAGACAAUUUUUAAUGAGAAUUUCCUUGGUAGAUUUGAUAACUGUUCCCAACAUUUUUUUAAUUAAAUCAUAUUGCUCUUCUGAAUAAAUGAAAACAUAAGAGUUUGGAUGCAAACAAAUGUUACAUAUACACCUUCUGUCUAGCCAGAUGGAAACAAAAACAGGCACAGAAAAUGCAGUUUUUCAUUAACCGAAAUAUUAAGUAAAAUUAGCUCCCAAGUAGGCAUCAGCCUUCAAAGGAGUGGGCAAUAUUUGCUUCUCCUGUGGCGGGAAGAGCUUUAACUGCACCCGAAUAGAGAGCAUAAAGCAAUAUACAGAAUUUAGGGAACACUUUUUCUCUGUUUCCUACACACCAGUCUAUCACAUCCUAUCUACAUGCCCUUUCUCAGUUUGACAAAUAACAUUGCAUCUUGGAUUUUACUGAGGCUGUGUUAUAUCCUCAGCAGCUGGCAACAACAAAAUCAUUCCUUAGAUGAUAGUGUGAAUUUAUAUUAUUGUUACUAUCAGGCCUCAUCUUUUGUUAUUUCUGACUCAUUUAAAUAUCAUUGAACCUCAUAAAUUUCACAGGAGUUAUCCUCAGUGUAAAUUUUAAGGCUAGUGUCAGACCUUGCGUAAAUCUAUGAUACACAGGCUGUGGAUACAUUGUUGUCAAGAAUUUCACUUGUGUCUAAACUACAGUACUUUUGGUUGAUACUUUGAUGCUUACAUAUGGCACAUAGAAAGCUUUUCUUUUUUUUUUUUUUUCCUACAAGCUUCUUUGAAUUUCAGAGUGGAAAUGACUAUCUGUUUGUCUGUCUAGGCUAUCAUAAAAUUCUUUCUCCCUAGCAUUGGAACACUGAUUUUUUUUCUUCCCCAACUGAUCUACCUCUAUUGUAUAACACCUAUAGUAGGUGUGAUUAUGGGAUAAAAUUCAACUGAAAAGCUUUGAUACAUUUUAUCCUUUGCUUUAAAAAAUGUGUUUUGUUUUCAAAUAAUCCCAUGUCUAUUUCUUUUUUCACACCUUUGUGCUUGUGCCUCUGCUGGCUCCUCAGCUUAGAAAUCCUCCUCCCCUGGAAGGCUGACUGAAAUGUCACCUCCUCCACGAGGCACUCCUGGCUUUCCCAGGCAGUGCUGGGAUUGCUUUCUUUGGCACUCCCUUAGAACUCAUCCCUCAAUGUUUUCUGUCCAUAGUGAAUUUUGGUGGCUUUAGUGAUAUGUUUAUGUCUAUUUUUUUAAACACAAGUUCUGCAGCAUAUUUUUCCAUAAAGAGUAAAAACUAAUGUAAAUUUAUUUUUAAUUCGUGCUUAUGGGGACUUAAUUAUUCAUAUCUUGAAAUAUGUGUAUGCACUGUCAAGCUGUUUUAUGAAUUUGUUUUGUCUAAAUGUAUUUAUGAAAGAAACACAUUAGACUAUAUGUUUACCCUUUUUCCAUCUGGAUUUUUUUUUAAAUAUGGUUGCUAUGAAAUUUGAUUUUUUUAAUGGGCAUAGUUUUGAUCUUUUCGUGUGUUCUUUCUAAUUUUAACUUUUACAGGGUUUUUUCUUUUUUUUUUUAACUCCCUAUUCUGUUUAAAACUAACCCACCUCUUGGUAAUGUUCAGUGUUUGUUUAUGCUAAAUACCAAAUUUUUUCAAAAGGAUUGGUGAAGUAAUGAGGCAGAUUCUUUAUGAUGAAUGGAAGAUAAAAAUAAUUCUAUGAUUAAACAAAGAUGUUUCAGAAAUCAUAAGAAAAACUGUUGCUUAUUUUUAACCUGAUUUCAGAUGCACUCAGAGUACCUUCUGAGUGUCUACAGAUGUCUCUUGAUUCACUCCACUGCUAUUAUAUCAUUGGUGGUUAAACAGACUUAAACGGCACAGUCUCCCAGGUAUCCAUACCGGUUCUUCCACCAUGCCAUAAUGUUAAAACCUGGAGGUAAUGCUUUUUUUUUAAUUAGAGAUAUGUUUUCUCUGCAUCAAGGUUGAGGUCUGAAAGAGAAAUAUACCCAACAGAAGGAGCAAAAUUUUGGAGAUCAGAAUUUUAGCCACCUUGUCAUAUUCUUGAGGGGUAAGAAAGAUGAAACCUUAAGAACACUUUUUCCAAACCUAGUGUUUCUUUGAUGAGCAAGUUACUGUGCAUAGAAUUUCACACCUUGUGUUCUUGCCUCUGCUGGCUCGUCAGCUUAGAAAUCCUCUUCCCCUGGAAGGUUGAUUGAAAUGUCACCUCCUCCACGAGGCACUCCUAGCUUUCCCAGCCAGUGCUAGGAUUGCUUUCUUUGGUACACCCUUAGAACUUGUUCCUCAAGUCUUCUGAAACUCUUAUAUAUAGUCUGAUCAUUAGUUUAUGUUUCUGUCUCCUCCUUAAAUGUGGUCCUCAUUUCUGUUUUUCUAGAUACUGUGCCUAGCAUAGAGGAGCAGCCAAAAAAAUGUGUAUUGACUUUUCAGAUCUGAUCUGAAUAGACAAGAUGUGAACCUUAAAAUUAGAGAGAGCUCCACCCUGGAUAUAACUCAUUACUAAUUUAUGAGGGAAACUUUUUUUACUGCUAUUCCAAUCCAAAAAAAAAAAAAAAAAACACAAAC